AUUCUUCACUGCAGCGGCCUCCCUGCCAAGAACAGCAUUCCGCCCUGCGUCCUGCAGCCACACCCCUGGCGAGCCGCGCCUGGCUACGCCCACGCGACCCCUCCCGUUCGGCCAAUGGAGAACUACGAAUGGCACUACCAGCCCAAGCUUGGCAGUCGGGAGUUACUUCGUGCUUGGGAGAACUUAGUUGGAAGAGGAGGCGGGGAGAAGGUGCUGGAGGCCGUGGGGAGAUGGCCCUUGCACCUAUUCCAACUUCCCUGUUUCCCUGGAGUCGCCGAACCACAGCGCAACCAAGCGGCUCAGAUAUGGCGGGUUGCCUAUUCCCUGUGAGUCUAUGCGGCACUCUUCUGCCUGGUGACUGACGACUUGGAAAUGAAGUUUGUGACGUCAUCGCUUCGACAGACCAAUAGAAGAAGCUCCCGCGGAGAUGGGAUCCACCUCCUUCGACUUUGCUACUUCACGCGCGUGAGCGAGCGAGCGCGCGCGGAGGGGGUGGGGAAAUUCUGGAGCAGGGUGGCGCGCAUGAGCAACGAAGCUCCUCCUCCCCGCCUAUAUAUAAAGGGCUGGCGCGGGGCUCGGCGGCGCCAUUUCGCGCUGGAGUGGAGCAGCCUCUAGAACGACCUGGAGGAUUCUGCUUACCGAUACAGAGCCUUUGACUCGUCGGGGGCCGCCAUUACAAUCCACGUCCAUCCGUUUGGAAAUGGCCUUCGUCUCGGCCUAUGACCGGUCCCGGCGGACAGUACAGACCCCAUAGAAGCCCCUGAAGCUCCCCUUUUUCGGGCCCCGCCCAAUUGUCGGAGUCUGUCCACCCCCUCUACUCCGCCCUCAAGAGGAUUUCAAAGAUGGAGGCGGCGGCUUCCUAAACCACUUUUCGUGUUCAUCCGCCUCCAUCCGAGGUCGAAACGGGAUCUUGUCCAACCCGUACGGUCCCGACAGGAAGAGGGGACCCCUGCAAACCAACAGCGGGCUGUAUUGACGACGGUGUCUAGGAUCGGGGACUGUCUUUGGUUUUGGGGAGUCUAUCCCCCUUGUCGUACGCCGGUCUCUGCUGAGGCCGCCGCCAUUUUCUUGCUGUCCGCUGCCUGCGGAGCGCGCCAAGCUGCCGGGAGUCCUGCGAGAGGCCGCGCGGAGGAGACUGCUCGUGCCGGCCCAGCGGGGAGAUUGUCGCCUGGAGGGCCAAGGGCAACGGCCUCCCCCCCACUUCCCGGGUUAUGCUGGACCGGGCGGUGAGGGGAUCCGAGGCCACCCGGACUUUACGCGGCUGAAGGCAGCGCUGGUUCCCCGCGGUCAAGAUGCUGCAAAACGUGACUCCCCACAAGCUCCCUGGGGACGGGAAUGCAGGGUUACUGGGGUUGGGCCCAGAGGCAGCAGCUCCAGGAAAAAGGAUUCGAAAGCCUUCUCUGUUGUAUGAGGGAUUUGAGAGUCCUACUAUGGCGUCAGUGCCAGCUUUGCAACUAACCCCUGCCAACCCACCACCCCCUGAAGUAUCCAAUCCCAAAAAACCAGGACGGGUAACCAACCAGCUGCAAUACCUGCACAAGGUGGUGAUGAAAGCUCUGUGGAAACAUCAGUUUGCGUGGCCAUUUCGGCAGCCUGUAGAUGCUGUCAAACUGGGUCUGCCGAUUCCCACCCCGGGUUGGGAGAGGACCACGGUGGCCAAAAUUCUUAGCUUCUUCCUUUCCCUCAUGCAGCCCAUGGAUAGCCAACCCCAGAGGAUUAUCACAAAAUUAUAAAACAGCCUAUGGACAUGGGUACUAUUAAGAGGAGACUUGAAAACAAUUAUUAUUGGGCUGCUUCUGAAUGUAUGCAGGAUUUCAAUACCAUGUUCACCAACUGUUACAUUUACAACAAGCCCACUGAUGAUAUAGUCCUGAUGGCACAGACACUGGAAAAGAUCUUCCUACAGAAGGUGGCAUCAAUGCCUCAAGACGAACAAGAGCUUGUGGUGACCAUCCCUAAGAACAGCCAUAAGAAGGGGGCCAAGUUGGCAGCACUCCAGGGCAGUAUUACCAGUGCCCAUCAGGUGCCUGCUGUCUCUUCUGUGUCACACACAGCCCUAUAUACUCCACCACCUGAGAUACCUACCACUGUCCUCAACAUUCCCCAUCCAUCGGUCAUUUCUUCUCCCCUUCUCAAGUCUCUGCAUUCUGCUGGACCCCCGCUCCUUGCUGUAUCUGCAGCUCCCCCAGCUCAGCCCCUUGCCAAGAAAAAAGGGGUUAAACGAAAAGCAGAUACUACCACCCCUACACCUACAGCCAUCCUGGCUCCUGGUUCCCCAGCCAGCCCUCCUGGGAGUCUUGAGCCUAAAGCAGCACGGCUUCCCCCUAUGCGUAGAGAGAGUGGUCGCCCCAUCAAGCCCCCACGCAAAGACUUGCCUGACUCUCAGCAACAACACCAGAGCUCUAAAAAAGGAAAAUUGUCAGAACAGUUAAAACAUUGCAAUGGCAUUUUGAAGGAGUUGCUCUCUAAGAAGCAUGCAGCCUAUGCCUGGCCUUUCUAUAAACCAGUGGACGCUUCUGCUCUUGGCCUGCAUGACUACCAUGACAUCAUUAAGCACCCCAUGGACCUCAGCACUGUCAAGCGGAAGAUGGAGAACCGUGAUUAUCGGGACGCACAGGAGUUUGCUGCUGACGUGCGGCUUAUGUUCUCCAACUGCUAUAAGUACAACCCCCCAGACCACGAUGUUGUGGCCAUGGCACGAAAGCUGCAGGACGUAUUCGAGUUUCGUUAUGCAAAGAUGCCAGAUGAACCACUGGAACCAGGGCCUUUACCAGUCUCCACUGCUUUGCCCCCUGGGCUGACCAAAUCCUCUUCAGAGUCCUCCAGUGAGGAAAGUAGCAGUGAGAGCUCCUCUGAGGAAGAGGAGGAAGAAGAUGAGGAAGAUGAGGAGGAAGAGGAAGAAAGUGAAAGCUCAGACUCAGAGGAAGAAAGGGCUCAUCGCUUGGCAGAACUACAAGAACAGCUUCGGGCAGUACACGAACAACUUGCUGCCCUGUCCCAGGGCCCGAUAUCUAAGCCUAAGCGAAAGAGAGAGAAAAAGGAGAAAAAGAAGAAACGGAAGGCAGAGAAGCAUCGCGGCCGAGCUGGUGUUGAUGAAGAUGACAAGGGGCCUCGGGCACCCCGCCCUCCUCAGCCCAAGAAGUCUAAGAAAGCUAGUGGCAGUGGGAGUGGCAAUGCUGCCACGCUAGGCCCUCCUGGCUUUGGAUCUUCUGGAGGAAGUGGCAACAAGCUACCCAAAAAGGCCACAAAGACAGCUCCACCUGCCCUGCCUACUGGAUACGAUUCAGAGGAAGAAGAAGAAAGUAGGCCCAUGAGUUAUGAUGAGAAACGACAGUUAAGCCUGGAUAUCAACAAAUUACCUGGAGAGAAAUUGGGUCGAGUUGUACAUAUAAUCCAAGCCCGAGAGCCUUCUUUACGGGACUCAAACCCAGAAGAGAUUGAAAUUGAUUUUGAAACACUCAAACCAUCCACACUUAGAGAACUUGAGCGUUAUGUCCUCUCCUGCCUACGAAAGAAACCGCGGAAGCCCUAUACCAUUAAGAAACCUGUAGGAAAGACAAAGGAGGAACUAGCUUUGGAGAAAAAGCGGGAACUGGAAAAGAGGUUACAAGAUGUCAGCGGGCAGCUCAAUUCCACCAAGAAGCCCCCCAAGAAAGCGAGUGAGAAAACUGAGUCAACCUCUGCACAGCAAGUAGCAGUGUCUCGUCUCAGUGCUUCCAGCUCCAGCUCAGAUUCCAGCUCCUCCUCUUCAUCUUCCUCUUCUUCAGACACCAGUGACUCGGACUCAGGCUAAGGGGCCAGGCCAGAUGGGGCAGGAAGGCUCCGCAGGACCGGACCCCUGAACUACCCUGCCCCAACCCAUUCCCCCUUGCUGUGACACUUCUUCAUCUCACCUCCCCUCCCCCCUCUGUAGGAGAGCUGGCUCUGCAGGGGGGAGGAAUGCAGGAACAUUCACUGAAGGAGGGACAUGGACAAAAAAUAAGAUUGAAUUCCCAGCCCCUUUGGGAGUAACCUCUUGGGCAUAGAGCCCCCUGUUCAGAAUGAUGGGGAUGGGGCAAGGGUACAGGGUGAGAGUGGGCAAAAGCCCCUGGACACAAUGUUACCUGAGGCCAUAGCUGCCCUGUUCACUUCUAAGGGCCCUGUUUUGAGGUUGUUUGUUCUAAUUUAUUUUAAGCUAGGUGAGGCUGUGGGGGAUAUGGCCAUGGUCCCCUUGGCCUCCAUGGGGAGGGAAGAAGGGGGAGCUCUUUUUUUACGUUGACUUUUUUUUUUCUACUCUGUUUUCCCUUUUUCCUUCCGCUCCAUUUGGGGCUCUGGGGGUUUCAGUCAUCUCCCCAUUUGGUCCCCUGGACUGUCUUUGUCUCUUGAUUCUAACUUGUAAAUAAAGAAAAUAUUAUUCAA